AUGGUAAUAGCAGCAGAAACCAGUAGUAGUCAUCACCGAAGACUCACUUUCGCCGCCUUCUUAAACUCCGAUCCCGCCGCCACCGAAGAAGAACAAAGCCACGGCGAUGAUCUCAACAACCCCAUCACCAGCAACACUAGCAAAAUCAACAACGAUAUUAACUAUUACAAACAACAUCAAAGCAAUGCCUCGACCCCAAGCGGCGAUUCGUCUCCUAAUCAGGUUUUAUCUCCAUGGAACCAGAUUUACUCUCCGUUCUACACCGACACAACGACGACGCCGACGAUGUCUCCGUCUCCGUGGAACCAGACGUACUCUCCGUACUACAAGUCUCCGUGGAUCUACCAGACCCGGAACAUGGACGAUGACCCGGACAACGGUUUAAUCGGUACGAUCGUGAGACAAGAAGGGCAUGUCUACUCGUUGGCUGCUUCUGGAGAUCUUCUCUUCACGGGAUCCGAUUCGAAGAACAUUCGGGUCUGGAAAGAUCUCAAGGAUUUCGCCGGGUUUAAAUCGACCAGUGGAUUGGUUAAGGCGAUUGUAAUAACCGGAGAUAACCGGAUUUUCACCGGUCAUCAAGACGGUAAAAUCCGGGUUUGGAGAGGGUCUAAGAGAAGAACCGGAGGGUAUUCCAGAAUCGGAAGCUUACCGACUUUGAAAGAGUUUCUGACGAAAUCGGUGAAUCCGAAGAACUACGUCGAAGUUCGUCGCCGGAAAAACGUUCUGAAGAUCAAACACUACGACGCCGUUUCGUGUCUUAGCUUGAACGAAGAGCUCGGUUUACUCUACUCCGGUUCGUGGGAUAAGACUCUCAAAGUGUGGAGACUCUCCGAUUCGAAAUGUUUAGAAUCGAUUGCAGCUCACGACGACGCGAUCAACACUGUAGCCGCCGGAUUCGACGAUUUGCUCUUCACCGGAUCCGCCGACGGAACUUUGAAAGUGUGGAAACGCGAGCUUCAAGGGAAAGGGACGAAUCAUUUUCUGGUUAAUGUGUUGAUGAAGCAAGAGAACGCUGUAACGGCGUUGGCGGUUAAUUUGACGGCGUCGGUUCUUUACUGUGGAUCUUCUGACGGUAUCGUUAAUUUCUGGGAUGGGCAGAAAUAUCUCUCUCACGGCGGGACUCUCCGCGGCCAUCGUAUGGCGGUGCUCUGCCUUGCCGCCGCCGGGAGUCUGGUGUUGAGCGGCGGAGCGGAUAAGAACAUUUGCGUAUGGAGGAGGAACGGCGAUGGGACACACUCGUGUCUCUCGGUAUUGAUGGACCACGUGGGACCAGUCAAGUGUUUGACGGCGGUGGAAGAGGCGGAGGAAGACGGCAACGGCGAUCAGAGAUGGACAGUGUACAGUGGAAGCUUGGAUAAAUCGGUGAAGGUGUGGCGCGUGACGGAGACGGCGACUCCGGUGAUUGGCUGA